AUGCUUGCUGAGAAACCUCAGGAUGUCUACCGCUUUUACAGCCAUGAGUCUUUUUUUGCCCAUGGUACCGAGCCACCUGUACAAGGACCACAGAAAAUACAAAAAGCAAUCGAACGUUUGGCGUUUGUGGAUUGUAAAGCACGAAUCUAUACGGUCACCGGCACAACAACAUUGAGCAAUGGGCUGGUAAUUCAGGCAUGUUUUUUUUGGAGUUCGAAAACUGUGCCUGUCUGUGGUGAACUGUCAAUACGUGAUGCUCCCGGGAGACGUUUUCUUCAAACAUUUGUGCUGUGCCCUCAGACUCCGAAGAAAUACUAUGUACACAAUGAUGUGUUCCAGUGGCUAGAUCAUGCAUUUGGCGAUGACAUCAUUCCUCAGCCCAAAAAAACAGUAGUUGCUGUUGCCGCUGUUCCACCACCGACAAACACCGUUGAGGAGAAAACGAUUACACCGAAUGGCGACGUAGCGAGCAUCAAUGGCCAUGUGGAGUCGUGCCAGAAUCUAACUGAAGAGUUGGAAAAAUCUAGUUCACCUAAAGAAGAAGAGCGCCCGGUGCAAAAUGUGCAGAACUCGACAACGGUUACCGCGGCGGUGGCAAUGGUGGAAGAAAAUGCCGGAGGCGGUGACAGAAAGUCGAUGAACGAUAUGGCCAGUAGCAAGUCGGAUUUGAGCUAUCUGGAGGAAAUCACGCCCACGGAUGAUUCGUGCGAGACGGUGCAAAAUUCAGCACCGAAAACGUGGGCAAAAUUGGUUGGCGAAAAUUAUCCGAAUCAUUCGUAUGGAGUGGCAAUGGCCGCCCAACUGCACACCAUCCAGCAGCCGCUGCAUGCGCCAAUGCGUGUUGCAGUCAUCCAUAGCAGCCACUCGUCGGUUUUGCCGAACGCUGUCACAAAUAACUCUACCACUCACCAUCCCAACUCAGGAGAUGACAGCUGCAGACUUUAUGUGGGUGGCAUUGUGCGUAACAUCUUCGCGGAUAAUCCGUCUUUAAUUGAAAGGGAUAUACGACAUGAAUUUGAAAAAUUUGGACCUGUGGCUGCUGUAAGCGUUCCUCGUCGCGUUUUGGAACACCCGGAUCCGCAGCGCACAGUCUUCGCUUUUGUGGUGAUGAAAACGGCUGACGGUGCAAGGAAUGCUUUCGGUGCCACCAGAAAGGAACGAUCCCUGUCAUUGCUUCGUCUGAAAAUUGACUCACUGGGCUUUGAUGGCGAGACCAAUUUAGGAUUGCCUCGCAGUGGAAUUGGUGUGCGCAUUGGGCGUGGACAUCGCGCACUGCAUGCGCGACAGCACAACGGUGGUGGCGGCGGCGGUGGCGGUGAUUAUAGGCAACCAAGUGAACCAGAUCGACGUUAA